AGUGCCCUCGGAGACAUCUUACGGGUAGGUUGUGUCGCUCUCUAUUUUAAAUACAUCGCGAUGUUUCGAUAUAUUUUUUGGAAUCCUUUAUUGGGACAAUCUAGAAGCAAAAUUCAAAUAUAAAGUGUAAUAAACUUAUCAUAAAGUGCAUUUUCUAUUGACUUUAAUUGUGUAAAACAUGUGUUGUGAAGAGAUCGUGCGGAUAUAUAAUAAUUAGCGUCAAGUAUGGUCCCCGGUCCAAUUAAGACUGAUAAAUAUAAAUCCAGCCAGUUAAAGGGUGUUGUGAUUUUGUAUAUAUUAUUAAGUCUUCUCUGCAAUACGAAAGCCCAAAGUCGUGCGCCACGAAUCAAAGAGCAUCCUGUGGAUACGAUUGUCGGGAGAAGUGAACCUGCAACCCUGAGGUGUGUGUCCGAAGGCAAACCGAAACCAGUUAUACAUUGGUACAAAGAUGGAUCUCCACUCGCACCAACGGAUAAUCCGCAUAGAGUCCUCCUGGAAGAUGGGCUUUUAUUUCUUAGGGUCAUGCGUGGAAAAAAGGAAAGCGACGAGGGUGUAUAUUGGUGCGUCGCACGUAACACAGUGGGGGAAGCGGUUAGUAAGAAUGCGACGCUUACUAUAGCCGUACUACGCGAUGAGUUUAGAAUAGAACCUCGCGAUGUAAAAGUAGCAAGUGGUGAACCAGCCUUACUCGAAUGCUCUGCUCCAAAAGGCGUACCCGAACCAUCCGUACAUUGGACUAAAGAUGGUCAUGGCUUGGACGUAGAACUUAACGGGCGGAUAUCUAUUGUCGAUGGAGGUAACCUGAAAUUUUUCGAAAGCCUACCAUCAGAUAGCGGUGUAUACAGAUGUGUCGCCUCUAAUGUUGCUGGCGAAAGGCAAUCACGUCCUGCCACAUUGCUUGUGUUACGCAGACCACAUUUUCUAGUGAAACCUAAUAACAUAACGGCUUUAAUAGGCCAGAACAUUGAGUUUCACUGUCAAGCUUCGCCAGAAUCUGAUGUAUCGGUAAUGUGGUCUCGUGAUGAUGGUUCGUUAUCACCUUACGCUAUUAUUCGAAGAGGUUCAUUACGAAUAGACCGAGUUACUACAUCGGACGCAGGAGUUUAUACGUGUAGAGCUGAAAGUCAAGCCGGAAAUAGCAUAGCUUCUGCAACACUUACGGUGCACUCUUUACCCCAUUUCAAAAGGGUGCCAUCCGAUCAAACUGCUUGGGAAGGAGAGGCAGUGUCUUUUCCGUGUGAAGCAGAUGGUUCACCGACACCAAUUGUCUUUUGGACUAUGGAAGGAUCACAAGAAUUAGUAUUCCCUAAGUCGACACAUGGUUCAGGAUCUUUGUACUUAGAUAGAGUACUUAUACAACAUGCAGGAAGACUCACAUGUGUCGCUGUAAGUGCAGCGGGGAGUGCUUUGCAUACUGUAUCACUUCAGGUUCUGAGGAGAGAGGCUAAUUCUUUUAAAGGUGACCCUGAGUCUUCUUCUCCAUACCCUGAACUAGGAAAACCCCAAAACCAUCCUCCAAUGACUCAGUAUGAAUUAGUACAAGCUCGCCGAUAUUUACAACAAGAUGUAUUAGCAUUGAGAAGGGUUGAAGGAAUAUCUUCUACAACUUUAAAAGUCGUCUGGGAUGUGUUAACUGAUUACAAUGAGUACUUAGAAGGAGUAAAAAUAUGGUUCAAUGGAACAUCCCUCAACCGACAAUAUGCAAUAGAUACACAAAUAUCUCAAACUUCAAAUACAACUCUAAUUGAUAGUUUAGCAGAGUUUAGCAAAUUCGAAAACUUUUCAAUGACAACCGUGCAUAACAGUGGAUCAUCUAGUCACGUUUUGACCGGUUUAAUACCAUAUGCUCAGUAUGAUGUAUUUUUAAUGCCAUUCUACAAAUUGUUAUUGGGUAAACCUUCCAAUUUAAAGACGGGAUUUACAGAAGAGGAUGUUCCAUCAGCGGCACCACAGAGCCUUUCAGCCGGAGUGAUAAAUGCGACGUCAGCGUGGAUCCGGUGGGACCCGCCGCCCGCACAUGCUUGGAACGGUGAACUUUCUGGUUACUUGAUUGAAGUUAGAGUUGGUGGAGGGAACGGCGGUCGAGUAGUUGGACAGAUGUCUUUAGGAGCAAAAACACGAGCUGCUGCUGCCAGUUCAUUGCGUGCUGGUGGUCGUUAUAGUGCACGUGCUGCCGCCGUCACCAAAAAAGGACAUGGUCCUUUUAGUACGGCAGCACAUAUACACAUGGUACCAACGCAGACACAAAGACAUUAUGUUCAAACUGAACCGACAAGAGAUAAAGCGAUAUUGUCAAUGUUCCAAGAAACUUGGCUUCUGACUUUGUGCGUGACUUUAUUAGUACUGGUAUUGAUCGGUGCCGGUGUAAUAUUUUAUAUCCGACAACGCAACUCUAAACAAAGGAAAAGUCAGAAUACGACAAGUACAGCAAUAGCCAAUGCUCAGCAAUGUUUAUUGGGGAAAGAAGCAGUGUGGCUUCGUGAGAGACCUACAUUUGAAGGGUCCAACGAACCUAGAAUAGAAAUCUUAAAUUGUCACCAGAGUCUUCUGCAUACUGGUCACUCAAUUGGAACAAUGCAUAUGGAAGCCGAGUAUACCUUACCCCAACAUACUAGUAACAUGAAUGCAAUGCCUCAAGAAGAUCACAGAAGGAUAGCACCUGAACCAUAUGCCUCCAGUGCUAUUUACACAGAACUGAAUUACCAGUUGCAGAAUCAUACCGACGCAGAAGAUUCUUGUAUGAAAUGUGCUAUUAGUCCCGGUUCCUACGACAACAGUAUGGUCAGAUCUUAUGGAGAAAGCAAUCAAUAUUCCAAUGAAGAAUGUUCUACGUGUUGUAGAAGUAGCAGUUCCACAUUAACUAAAGAAUAUAGUGAUAUGACGAAAUGUGGAAAUGAUGCUGAUGAGAUCCAAGAUAUGUCUUUAGAUGACUGUCCGUCAUGUAAAACUAAUCAUUCUAGAUCAUCGAGUCAUCAUGACGGCAAUAAAGAUUGGGCUAUGGCGGAAGUUGAAUACGAUUAUCCGCAGUGGCAUUGGAUGGGUAGGGAAAAUAGUUUUCGGCAAGGAACUCACGAUACUAGAAAUUCGUCUGGAAAAACCGAACAAAACUGCAGAAUGAAUUUGUGUGAUAUUCUUCCACCACCACCAUAUGAAAGAGAAUCUCCUUAUCGAGAAAUGCACGCAUUUGCAAGUCACUCAGGGGCAUCAGGUUGUUCAGGACAUUCGUAUAGAAGUUAAUUAUUUUUUAUCAACCAUGUUGUAAAACGAAUAUCAUUAGUACGUAAUCCAAGCAAUAUUAUUAAUAAAAAAGAGAAUUGUAAAUACUGUAAAAAGGUUUGUGAAUAUUUUGACUAAAACAAUGAUUGAAUGACACUUGCACCGUUCACGUGAAUAUACCGCUUAAAAGACUCAUCUGCUAUUUUAUUGCAAGUUGAAAUUCAGUAUAAGCGCAUAAAAUCGAUUGUGUAUUGCACAAGAUAGAUUUUUUAUACCAUGGAUAUACUUAUUAAUUAUAAUUCCAAUUAUAUGUACGUACCUAUUACAAUCAUAUUUGCAUGACGGUGUAAGAGUUAGUUUGUAACAAUCUUAGCUAUUGUGAGAGUGUUUUCAAAUAGACUGCUAUUAUUUAAGGUAUGUAGGCCAAUAGGUUUCAUCUUUUCUAGUGACUGUGAUAUAGUAUAAUUUCUUAUUAUUUUUAUUGUAAUUGUUUUGUAUAUAUUUCUACAGUUUGAUAUCCUUAUACAAUUUUAUCAUUAUUAUUAUUCGUAUAUUUAUCUUCUAGAACAACAAACCAAUGAAUUUUGAUUGGACUUUGUAUCACAUAAAUUGGAAGCUUUUGUAUUGAAAUAUUUCUGAGAUUUUUGAAAUGGAAACUUUCAAGGUAGGCACUCAUAUAAACCAGUCAGCAUUAAUAAAACAAAUAAGAUUUUU